GCCACCGAUUGAAAGAGCACAGAUGUAGCGAUGUCUGUCUCCGCGAGAGUUUAGUGUUUUGAUCCGAAUCAUAACACGCCCAGCGGGGUGAUGCCAUGUUGCGUAUUUCGUUUGCAUGAGUCCAAAUACAAACCAGAGAAUAGGGUUAACAGCAGAUAGUGUGCGGGACGUGCGUUCGAACAGUCAGGAAAUCUGUGUGAAACGUGCAAUUUUCGGCAAAGUGAUCGAAGAAUGCGACACGUGGAUAAGUAUAUUAAAUAGGAGUGAAAAGCUACCGACAUUAAUGGAUAGGUGUUCAAUUAUUGUUUGCGACGUCUUGGGAGGUUAUCUGGCUGCUACAGUGAAGCAAGACGGUUCGUAAGGAACUGCUCUGUUGUUGUUCGAUCCAGUGAAGCAAUAUAAUUUUGAAUCGACGCGUAUUGCACGCACAUUUGUUGUUAUUUUGUUUGUGUGUUUUUGACCCGAAUGUGAAACGAGUGUAGAAGCAGUUUGAAUCGAGGUCGAGUCCAUUCUGUAGACUAGGGGUGUCCGCAUUUAUAUAGGCAUACUAGUUUGCAUUGUUUACCUGUGAAUUUGUGAUCGCAAUUGGGGUACAUUCGCAGUGAAUCAAUCAAGGAACAUCUGAAAGUUUGUUUACUAGUAAAUCAUCAACUGGUGAGCUCAUCUCGAUCUCGAUCUAUGGGAUUGACAGAACGCCGCUCUAGUGUCUCUGUCGCGGUAACUGUUUGUUAUCGUUCCUUCUCUCUCUCGAGUAUAGGGCGGAAGUACCAGUGCCUCUAGGAGCAUCAGCAUCAACGUUUGGCCUUGGAUCGACUCAACGAGGUUAGUGGCCUCAAUCAUGCUGGAUUGUUUAUCCGGUGACAGCAUGGAAAUCUUGCUUUUCUGAGGUGUUUUUAAAUCUGCUUCAUCUGUUUGUUCCCGCGGUCUAUGGUCUCGCCGAUGGCGUGGCACAAACAUGACCACCUGAUGUCUAUGGAUAAAAAUAAACAAAAAAGUGACCCACAAUACUCGGACUUAUAUUGCAAUAGUGGAAGAGAGUGUAAAGUCCUCCCAAAUCUAGGUAUCAAAAAGUCCUGGAUAUACCAACAUGCCCUAUUUGACCAAAUAAUGAAGGCUAACGGAGACCUUUUGCCAAAACCAAUUGCUCAUCUGACUAGGUCGAUCGAAAAACCCGAAUUUAGUCCGAGGCACCUCCUGACCCUAUGUUGGCCCAAUUGCACCCCCAAACAAAUUCUGGAAGCAUCAGAGAAGCCUUGUGGUUAUCCCGAGCAAGUACUUAGGUCCUUAAGUGGCAGUGAUGGCCAUUAUAUGCCUGUGAAAGGCGAUAGAUUACACGUGGCGUCGAGUGGCGGCGGAGGAGGAGGCGGCGGCAGCGAGAACAUGGUCAGACGACAUGUGCCCCUCUAUGGGAGACUGGUGGCGGAGGACAUCCUCACGGCCUCCCAGGUCUCCAACUCCUCGGUGGACAUUCAGGCGAUGCAAGCCAGGAUACCCAACUCCUUCAGGGAUCCUGGGGUGGCGCCACUGCGGAAGCUUAGCGUGGACCUCAUCAAGACUUACAAGCACAUCAAUGAAGUUUAUUACGCGAAAAAGAAAAGACGAGCUACUCAAACGCAGAGCGAGGACAUCUCCCAUAAGAAGGAGAAGAAGGUUUUCAACGAUGGUUACGACGACGACAACCACGACUACAUAGUAAGAAAUGGUGAAAAGUUCCUGGACAGAUACGAGAUUGAUUCUUUGAUAGGAAAAGGGUCUUUCGGACAGGUGGUGAAGGCGUACGACCACGUGGAACAGUGCCAUGUGGCCAUCAAGAUCAUCAAGAACAAGAAAGCGUUCCUUAAUCAGGCGCAGAUAGAGGUCAAGCUUCUGGAGAUGAUGAACAAGGCUGAUCUGGACAACAAAUAUUAUAUAGUGCGAUUGAAAAGACACUUUAUGUGGCGUAAUCACCUGUGUUUAGUGUUCGAACUGUUAUCCUUCAACCUGUACGACCUUCUGAGGAACACGAACUUUCGUGGCGUCUCGCUGAAUUUGACGCGGAAGUUCGCGUUGCAACUGUGCACGGCCCUUAUGUUUCUCUCCACACCCGAACUCAACAUUAUCCAUUGCGAUCUCAAGCCGGAGAACAUACUGCUCUGCAACUCGAAGAGGUCGGCCAUUAAGAUCGUCGAUUUCGGAAGUUCUUGUCAGCUUGGCCAGAGGAUAUACCAGUACAUCCAAAGCCGUUUCUACAGAUCGCCGGAGGUACUUUUGGGCAUACCUUACGACUUGGCGAUAGACAUGUGGUCGCUGGGUUGCAUACUGGUAGAGAUGCACACCGGAGAACCGCUCUUCAGUGGUGCCAACGAAGUGGAUCAAAUGAACAAAAUAGUGGAGGUUUUGGGCAUGCCGCCCAAGCAUUUACUGGACCAGGCAGAGAAGACGAAGAAAUACUUCGAGAAAUUGCCGGGAGAUGGAAGGUAUGUUCUGAAGAAACCCCGAGACGGGAAAAAGUACAAGUUUCCAGGCACCAGGAGGUUGCACGACAUCCUGGGGGUAGAGACGGGAGGACCUGGGGGACGACGUCUGGGCGAGUUCGGCCAUUCCAUGUCCGACUACCUCAAAUUCAAAGAUCUCAUCCUGCACAUGCUCGAUUACGAUCCGAAGACGAGGAUAACUCCUUUUUACGCGCUGCAACACAACUUCUUCAAGAGCUCGAAGGAGAAGGGCAACACGACGCCCAACAGUUCGAGUUCCAGUCCUGCCGUUGUCUCGAUGGACAUGUCACUGAUGAACAACUCUAGUAGCACACAUGGGUUAAAUUUAAUUGGUCGACCGAGAGAACCUGUAAACUACAAUUAUCAAUCCACCAGCUACACAACCAUGGAUUGCGAACCCUCCCCUGCUCGACUAGUGCAUUCACAUCGUUACCCCCCCAACAUAAUGAACUACGGACCUCCCUCCCUAACUUUCGGUACCUACAUCCAACCCAGUAUGUCCGAGGGCAACUCGAUGAUGAAACAUCCGACGGCAGGAUCGAAUGGUCACAUGACCAUGGCACCCAACGGCACUCACAACACACCUUUGAGGCAACAGGGGGACCCCAACGACAGUCCUUCUGUUGGUGUCUGUUUGCAGCAGAGUCCGGUUGUGAUACAUUAAUGAUAGAAAUGUAGCCGAAAAAAAGUGAUAGUUUUAUUUAAAAUGUGAUCUGAUGCUACUACGAUUUAACGAAAACCAUUACCAUCUAGUGCACAAACGUUCCAUGACGAACGGGUGAAGCAAUCAACUGAAUGUUAAUAUUUAUUGAAUUUUGACUACGGUGUGAGAACGAGAGAAGAUUGGUUAUGGUGAAACAACAGACUUGGGGCUCUUUGAUAGCAAAAAUAGCUAAACAAUCACUUACCUUUUAUAUCGAACCAAAUUGCCUUUUUUUAUUUCGUUAUUACUGCUACCAGUUUUUGAAUCCCAGUGAAAAAAUGAGGAAGGUAUGUGGCCACUAAUUUUUUUUUGUCUAAAACUCCGAAAACUACUUAUUAUAGAGUGUGUUAUACUAGUAUAAAAUUGAAGUUCUUUAAUAGUAAAGAAUAAUUGUGCCAUAGUAUUCACAAUUAAAAACGAUUACAAAAUUUGCUAAUUGUUUACUUUAUCUCGUACUGCUCUAAAUGAGAUGAAAUUUUCCAGACUUACCAAUUUUGUGGUGUAGAUUACAAAUUCGCAGUCAACAAAUUCUGAUCGCCUUUAAAAAGAAAAAAAAUCAACAGAUAUUCACCAAGGUCACUUCACAACAUCGAUAAAUAAUUUCUAACCUAAUUUAACAGAUAAUAGGUUAGGUUAGGUUUGAUGGUUGUGAAGUGACCUUGGUGAAUAUUUGUUCUUUUUUUUUUAAACGCGAUCAGAUUUGGUUGACUUCCAACACAAAAUUAAUAAGUCUGGAAUGUUUCAUCUAGUUGAGAGUAGUACGGGAUAAAUUAAAUGAUUACCGAAAACAUUUUUGUUUCUACGAGAGAAAAGAAUUAUGGCCAGCCGUUCCUCUAACACCCAGUGAAUCUGAAAUAUAGAUAUUAGUGAAUAUUUCAAUUUAUAUUUCUGUUUUUAUACAAACAGAAUCGAUUUUUAUUUAUUUAUUUAUUCAUUCACAUUUUUUUUUCUUCAGGAGAAACUUUUUCAAUUGUCAUUUUUCUGCUUGAGAGCUCUGUUGUGAUUCCAUCAGAAUGUUAAGAAAUAUCAUGUUAUUGUAGAAGUAUAAGUUGCAAACAUUAAUAAUUUAUAGCUAGUAUUUAAUGAAAGAGUAAAAUAGCAAAAUAAUCACAUAAUGUAUACAUGUUUCCUAUGAUUUUGACUGUUUAUUGUCAAACAUGGCUCUGGUUUCAAUUAGAAAUAAGUUUGAAGGAAAUUAUGUUCAGUUUGCUCAAAUUUCAGACGGCCUAAGGUUUCAGUCGAAUGAUUCAAUGAUAUCGAUAUUGAAUAUUUCGAAUUUCUUUUUGUUAUUUACGAUGGCCAAUCAAAUGUGGUAACUCUCUAUUUAUUAACAUUUGACUGGAUUUAGAACUUUCGUUGAAAAUAUUAAACGUUAUUUCGUUUAAUAACAUUGAGCCUAUUGCAGGUGUUUUUCAGGUAAAUCUUAUAUUUGUCUUUUCGUCUGUAUGGAAUACAUUUGAGAAUCAUCAAAAUUGACUUACUCCCUAGGUAUUCAAAGAACCACUGUAGGUGGCAAAAAAAGGGUAGAUGAUACCUGAAAGAUCCCGUGCAAUAGACAGGAAAUUAUCGCAACAAUAUUUCUGUUUAGUCUGUGUUAGUAACUCAAAAAGACAAUAUCCUUGUUAACGAACGGUUCACCUUGCACUCAAUUCUUUAAAAAAAAUAUUUGAGAAUAUAUUUAAAUCUUGCCUCAUCUAUAUGUGUAAUAUUUUAAUUUCUUUUCUCUUUAUUUUAUAUUUAUCAAUACAGUUACAUUGGAAUUUUAUUUUUAUGUUAUUGUUACAAACCAGUUGUUAUUAUAUUUUUAAUUUUAUUUUAUUUGUUUUGGAUUAACGAAAAUUUUAAUAUAUUGAAAGUUAUAACAAAAUUGUGAGGUGAACUGAGUACGUAUUUAUUAUCAUUCAAGGGAAUACUAUCGACCAUUACGACUUAUUUCAUUGAAUGAAUCUCCUGUUAUAACUUGUGUAAAUAAUUUUCAGUAACAUUGCCAAGUGUUUUCUUUGUAUAUAUUAUUUUUGAUUAAUAUGUGAAACUAUGUUUUAUUGAAUGGUUGUUUUUUUUUUUAUUUAUUUUUCAGAUAAGGCAAUUUUGAAGUAUUAUCAAGAAAUAUUCAAGAUUUUCUACCAUUGACAAGUGUGGAAUCAUCGAAUGAAAGAAAAUUUAUAUUAUUUGGUUUUUAGUUGAAUCAAUUUGUUCAUAGUGAUUUUACCCUAGAAGUGUGAAUUCACUCUGCUACAUUUGUUUCUUCAUCUCAAUGGUAUCAUCAAAUGCAUUUGUUGAGUAAAAAAUUUUUAUCAGGUUUAACUCACACUGCCAUAUAAUUUAAGCACACUGUUACUGCAAUAAAAAAAACGAUUUUACCAAUUUUUUUUUCAAUAAUAGAAAAUGUAUUUCCUAAGAUGAUUGCAUUGAAACUUCAUUACUGAAAAACGAAACACUUUUCUGCAGUUUCAAAAAUAUUUCUCUCUAGAGCAUCUGAUGAAAAUUAUAACUAUGUACAAAAUGAGAUUUUAUGAAUAUAUCGUCAGGAGAUCCACGAGUAGAACUAAUUAUUCACUAUUUCAGAAAUAAGUAGUUUCAUUCCAAAAAUUUUAAUCAUUCUAAAGAUAAAAAUAAAAAUCAUUUCAUUUUCUAUAUGACAUCGAAAUCUGGUCUUUUUUGAAGAUAAUUUUGUUCAAUUUAUUUUUUAUUCGACAAGGAAACAUGAACGAAAAAAGUAUUGAUAAAUCUUGUU